GGGGGAGAAGAGGCAGCUGCAGCCAUGCUCAGCCUGGGCUGCAGGGCGGUGCGGGCCGGACUCUGGCUCCCGACCUUGCCGUGAAGGCUUCUACGGGGGAUUUCCCGCCUGCUAGCCCCGGCCAGCCCAGCCCGAUGGAGCCGGAGGAAAGGAAAAUCUCGGUGUGGCUCUGCCAGGAAGAGAAGUUGAUCUCCGGCCUCUCCAGACGCACCACUUGCUCGGACGUGGUGCGGGUGCUGCUGGAGGACGACAGCCAGCGGCAGCAGCUGCCCGCCCAGCCGGAGUCCGGCGGCGGGGUGCUCACGGGUCCCCCCGAGUCCUACUGCAUCGUGGAGAAGUGGCGGGGCUUCGAAAGGAUCCUGCCCAACAAGACCAAGAUCCUGCGGCUCUGGGCCGCCUGGGGGGACGAGCAGGAGAACGUCCGCUUCGUGCUGGUCCGCAGCGCGGCCUCCCUUCCCAACACUGGGCCCCGGAGCGCAGAGGCCAGAGUCGUGCCGAGCAAGGAGCGCCCCUGCCACGGGCUCGGCGCGGCCCGGCCCGGGCUGGCGCUCCCGCGGGAGAAGCAGCGGCGGGUGGUGAGAAAAGCCUUCCGGAAACUGGCCAACCUCAACAAGAAGCGGCAGCAGCCCCUGGCCACGGAGGCGCCGUCUGCGGAGCGGAUGGAGACCUUGGUGCACCUGGUGCUGUCGCAGGACCACACCAUCCGCCAGCAGAUCCAGCGGCUGCGGGAGCUGGACCGUGAGAUCGACCGGUACGAGGCCACGAUCCACCUGGACCGCAUGAAGCGGCACGGGGCGAACUACGUGCAGGACACCUACUUGAUGGGGGCCAGCAGCGGCAAGCCGGAGCCGGGCGCGGACGGGGCGGACGGGCGGCUGGAGGAGUACGCCCGCAGGUGCGAGGAGGUGCUGCAGCUGCAGGAGCAGCGGGCGCGACAGGAGGAGCGGCUGGAGCAGCUCGCCGGCGAGCUCCAGGAGGAGCUGAACGAGCGCUGGAUGAAGCGGCGCCGGGAGGAGCUGGCCGCGGCCAAGGGCUGCGGCUCCAACCCGGCCGAGCUCGACUGUCACAGCACGGAGCUGAGCGGCGGCGCCGGGGGCGAGCUCCACUGGGAGCAGGAGCGCGUGAAGACCCAGCUGAGCACCAGCCUCUACGUCGGGCUGCGGCUGAGCACGGACUUGGAGGCGACCCGAACGGACUUGGCGUACGCGCAACGCGCCCGGGAUGCCAAGGAGCGGGAGCAGCAGCGCCUGCUGGAGACGCUGAACGCCUUGGACUUGGCGGAUACGCAGACGGCAGCACAGACUCUCCGCCCCGAUGCUCUCGCUUCCAGCAGCUCCUCCUUACCCGAGGCUGGGCGGGGGUCUCUCGAGAACAGCUCAGAAGCCUGGGAGGAGCAGGCCAGGGGGUGCAAGGAGAGCGAUGAGAACGACGAGGACUCGGACACGGGUCUGAGCUCCAUGCACAGCCAGGAUUCGGAUUCUGUCCCAGCCUGUGAAUCGCUUGUUUAGCUUCCUCUUCCCACAAGUAAGAUAAGCUCAGGGACCACGAGGAAUUCAUACUUGUGCUUUCUAGCCAGCACUCUCACAAUACAACGUUGUUACAAACGAAACUGCCCGUUUCCCCAGCGGAAGAGAUCCUGGAAUGGACUCCUGCGAAAAGUUACAAUAGAACAAAAAUGUGUGUGAGAUUUGUUGUCUUUUUUGGGGCGUGAGGAGGGGGAAGGAAGAACCACUUUAAAAUCUAGGUGCCAGAUAGUGCCAGAUUAUGUAUGCAAACCGAUGAUCAGUGAUCUGGUGAUAACAUACCUAGUAAUAAACUAAACACAAUUUAAAAGCCUAUUUUGAAAAGAAUAUAACUGCAUUUUGCUACUGUUGGAAAAUAUGUUUUUUGUAGUAAGUACUGUAAGCAAAGGCCUGAGAUAGGGGAAGAACUGAAUCCUAAUUGUGACUUAAGUUUAAACUUGUUUGCAUUUCAUUCAGUAUUGGAUUUACCUGCUUCCUAAAUUCCUGCCUUUUGUUUCACCUCAAAGGAGUUAUUGAAUGGAAUCCUUAAUCUUGUAUUUCUCCAAAGCAAAUACACUACAGUAUCAAUUCCUUUACGUAGUGUUUUUGAUGGAAUGCUGGAACAUAUAUUCUCUAGGUUAAACAAAAUUCAGUCUCUUUAUAUUUCUUCAGUAUCGCCAGUCAGCUGUGCUACAUGCCAUUUGCCACUUAGGAAUUCAGUAGGCUCCUUUGAGAAAAAUUUUAAAAAGUUCAAAAUGAAGAACUAAAACUCUAGGUGACUGAAAAAUUAAACUCAGAGGGAUAGCUGUGUUAGUCUGUAUCUACAAAAAUGAGGAAUCCUAUGGACUUAUUAGGAAAUCAACUUUAUUAGGGAAUAAGCUUUUGAGGGUAAAACUCACUUAAUCAGAUGAACAGGAUGUCUGUCAGUAUGCCAGACAUAGAUGCCAGUUUGUUCUAACAUGAACUUUUGAAAUAUAUUGUACCAUAAAAAACUGUAAGUUAUUAAACUAAAAGAACAUACUAAACAAAUAUAAAUUAGCAUGCAGUAUCUCAGAAUUUAGCCAUGGAUGAUGCAUGGUCCAUAUAUAACAGUAUGAUUGUUCACAGAUAAUUUAAGAGAACUUGUAAAAAUCAAUGUUCACUAGAUUAAUUUAAAGUCUCUUCAAAUAUAUUUUCGUUAUCAGGUUACUUAAUAGUUUGCUAAGCUUAGUAAUGGAUAAAAAGUACUGAAUCAGCUUAAGAACCAUUUCUAAUAUGCACUUCAAUACAGGCUAGCUCAGAAUCUAGAGAUAUCAUGCCCAAAAUCUGACUCAGGCUUGCUUCAGUACAUCUGGGUUAAAUGACAAUCUCCUCAGUUAUUCCAGUGAAAAGGUACAGUAUCAGGUAUAAUUUGUAUUUAAAUUAACAGAUUUUUCCUCUGCAAUUUAACCAAUGUAUGGUUUAUUCUUACAAUAAUGAGUAUUGAUGGUUGGCGAAGGAGAAAAGCAUUACUGUAAUCAGUUUAAUGUAAAAGAUCAGAGAAUGUUCAAUCUAGUCCGACAACAUAACAUAUUGAAGAGUUCGGACAGCAGAUUAUUCAUGAAAGUUGGCUUUUAAGUUUAUAAGAAAGUAUAAAGAGAGAUCAAUGAGAAGUCCUAUGGCACCUUAUGG